GCGUGCCGUGCUGACGGCAGCCGGCCUCGGCGUGCGGCCGGCCUCGGCCUGCAUGUGCGCCUGUCCACGGCUUCGCUCCGCCGUGUCGGCCAUGUCCGUAGCCUCCCCAUCCUGUGCUCUCCUCUGUCCCUCGCGCCGGGCGUGAGACGUCGGCUUUGUGGACUACUGGGUGCUGACCCUGCGGGGGGCGUCUGGAGGAGGUGCUGACGGGGGGCCCCAGGGCUCGCUGGCGGUGCAGGGGUUCCCGCCCCAGCUCCCUGGGAGUGCUGACCCACUCCGCCCAUCGUCGUCUCAGAUGUGACCUUUCAGGGUCAUGUCCUCUGAGGUCGGAGGUCACAAGUUGGAAAGAAAGGGACUUUUAGUGUUCAGGGAAAUGACACCCACAGCGGAAUCGGUGACAGGUACGAGGAGAGGUGGAGCCGGAAGUCGGUUUCUGGAAGAGCCGCAGGGAGUCCCCAUCUCCCUGACCCGUGUCACAGUGCGUAUGAGGCCGUUCACGGCGUGACUGGCACGUGAUCAGUUCGACGCCGUCACGGGAGGGUCUGAGGUGUGUGCUUGUGGGGAGUCAGCUCAGGGGCUCCCCGCAGAGCCCUGGGACCCAAUGGCCUUCGUCACGCGCCUGCCACGUCACGGAGCGGUUCUGAGGCCGAGCGUCACCCUUUGGCUUACCAACUCGGCAAGCGAGUCACUUCGGAGUGAGCCAGGUGCCGUCCUCGCCGCCCUCACUCCCCCGACCUGCGAGCGGGCUGCAGCCUCCGAAGACAGUGGCUUCGCAGUCUUUCCCCGUGAGCCCCCUUUUGGCAGUCUGCGUGUUCGGCAAACUAAGCCAUUUGGGGGAUGGCGCGAAUCUUCUGCUUCACCUCACUUGGACCUCCGUCGUGUUUAUUAAAAUGUCACGUUACAGAGAUUCUUUUUUUCACACUUUCUUGUAGAAAAUGCCUGGCAGGAACACGGUGAGAGGGUGCUCUGGUCUGUCCCCGACGGCAGCUGUGUGAGGCUCAGCCGCGUGUGGAAACUCUAGCACAGGGCUUAUUGCCGAGGAGGUGAGAACUAGGGUACCCGGCCCUUCAAAUGGAGUUUUCCAGGUUCCAGAAAAGGUGCGCGGUUCUCGCACUGGUGUUAGAGAUGAAGGUCCCCCCGCACGCGACACGCCCCGCGGGAGGCCUUGGGGACACAGAGGCGAUCCUGGCCAGUCAGGACGCGUUGUAAGGACGUGUAGGGGAAACACGUUGAGGAUGGUUUUUCUGAGGUGCCAGGACGUGUCUCAGUCCUGCGCACUGGAGGCUUUGGAGUGGCCGACCCAGAGGUGCCGGGGAGAAUCGUGCCCUGCGUUACAGGCACGGAGCAGGUCCCCCGGCUGCGUUGCCGGGUCUCCGUGUGAAGGGAGCGGCAGGCGCAAGGCAGCGGUGGCCACAGUGGCCUGCACACCUCGCGUCAGACACAGGACGUCCGCGCCGGUCCUCGUCGGCCUGGACCAGGGUGGCUUCCGACGAUGAUGCUCUGCUACCACGUGUGCUGUUUCUUUACAUGUCCAGAAACAUGUCCUCUUUUGCUUUUGUGGAUCGGUGGUAAGUCGUGUUGUCGGCAUGGGUCUCGCAAACCCUGCAGCCGUCGCCUGCUGUCGGUGCUGCCGAGUGUCGUCGCACUUGGACCCUGUGGCUUCGUGCCGGUCCCGUGGGCGGGUGUCCCCCUCGGGGAUUUGGAAAACGCAGAGGAGGUUGCCUUGGCUGCUGCUCCCUAAUUUUGCAGUGAAGUGUUUCCGUUUCUCAGCGUGGUCCUCUGAAAGCUUUUCUGCCGUAAAGAUGGUCCAGGGAGGACGAGAACGAAGCGCGUUGCUGCCGCCUUGUCGCCGAGUGUCGCGGAGUUAGAGCUGGACAUGGGCAGGGCCGCCGAGUGUCGCCCCUUUACGCUUAGCUGUCGCUCCAUCCCCGCUCGGAGCCGCUCCCAGCCUGCCUCGUCUGUGUGUGCCUGUGUCGCUUGAAACCUGUCGCUGGCCUUAGAGCUGGCGCUUCACUGCCGUGCGAGGGAAGAAAGCAGGGUGUCGGGCCGCACCCCGCGGGUUUGAGGCCGACUUGGCUGUCCUGCGUGACGGCCGGCAUGGGAGGGCUUCAGUCGCGUGGGUCAGUGGGACGGCCACACCCACGCAGGCCCUGCUCCUGGUGCUCAGGCCUGUGUCCCUCGGGCCGCGGUUCCCGUGUUGUCACGGCCGGCAGCGUCUUCCAGGUGAGCGGUUGUUGGACACUGCCAGGGACGUGGAGUGACAGUGGCCGUGCCCUCUGGUGAAGUACAGAAGCGAGGGGCUUUGUGCCGCAGUGGGGCACUGUGGGAUGUGGCCGUUGGGACGCGCAGGCCUCUUGGACGAGAAUAGGAUGGGAGAGCCUGCCACCCCCACGUGCCCGCACCGUCCUCGUGUUCUUCACGUGGCUCUCCCCGCCUUGCAGGAGGCGGCCGGCGGCUCCCGCUGACACGGCGCCCGCAGCAGUGGGAGCCCGGGUGCCCAGCACGUGGCCCCGCCUGUCUCAAUGUCGUGCCUGAGCUCCGCGACGCCAUUGAGGUCGUCCUCCUUGCGGUGAGGACGGGCCGUGGGCAGGACUGGCAGUGGCAGACCCUCCUGCGGCGGGCGGGCUAUCUUGAGUUUUCCCCGUGCCCACCCCCGCCCGGUGGUCAGCAGGCCCCAGCCCCGGUGGCAGGUAGCGGGUGGCAGGUCCGCGGUGGGCGGGGUCUGGGUGUGCUGGCCCAGGGGGCUCUGCCUGCGGUGUCCGCGGCCCUGCAGUUGCAUCUCUGUGAGACAGGUGCCGCACCGCAGUGCGUGUGACGCGCGAGCUGACCUCACCAGCACCCAAAGGACGAGCCGCUGCAGAGCCCGUCACCACGAAGCUCGUCCUUCUGGGUUCAAGUUCUGUUUCCCUGCCAUUCGGGAUCGGUUCUGCUCCGGGGGAGUCUCCCACCAUUGGUUCACACAGGUCGUAUCCAGAGCCAAGACUAUUUCUCACUCUUACCCGUCAGCGGCGGGCGAGGUCAUCUGUCAGUGCCACUUACCGACCCCCAUCUUCAGGGGGAGGAAUGGUGUGUGGUGGGCUGCAGAGCUGGCAGCGCUGACGGGGCGCCGGGGGGGGCCCAGGCCCUGGUCCACAUGGUCUGCAGGGGCCGCGGUGGCCGGGCCGCGUGGUCUGCUGGGGCUGCGGUGGCUGGGGCCGCGUGGUCUGCCGGGGCUGUGGUGGCCGGGCCCGCGCAGUGGGGCUGGCUCUGCAGGCUGUGAGGGAGCGGAGGCAGCACAGCAGUGAGGUGGGGGCUGUGAAGAAACCUCUGUGGCAUGUCACCGCACGAGAGACCCGGACGAGAGGAGCCAGCAUCCCCGCUGGGACAGCUCCGCCACCGACAUCGACCCCUCUCUCGAACAACAGGCGUUCAACUCACUGUGACUGUCCGCUGCCAGCCCCCGGUCAUUUCGCCGUGAACGUCAAGGGCGGUUGGUGGGCUGGGUCGGAGGGAGCGCACAGAAUCAGAGCCUGCAGAGCGUGCGUCUACCGCGGCUGCUGCCGACACCAGUGUUUGUAGGCUUCCUAUGGAAUGUGACACUUUCUAGCUGCAGUGGCUGCCAUGAACCCUCCCCAACCUUCCUCCGAACCCUCCCCAACCUUCCUCCGCAGGACGUAGACCAGGAGGCCCUGCCAAGCCCAGCGUUGCUCCCUGAGCCCCCUCAGGCAGACCCCGCUCCAUCCCUUGCCCACCCAGCCCAUGUACUCGGCCUAGCCCUCCUGCCUGGCUACCCCGCCCCCCGCUCUGGCCUGGAGCAUUGCAGUGGCUGUGUCCUCCCCGCCUCCAUGCUGGUCACCCUGAGCUGUCCACGUAGCCAAGUGAUCCGCGAUGCUCCGAUGGCUCCCACCCUCAGCCCCGCUGGCCUCCUGGACCCCGAGGCCUGUGGGGUCUGCACUGCCACCGCUGCUUUGACCUGUUCCUCUCCCCACAACCCCGCUGGGUCCCCUGCAGCCCCAGGGCCCCAGGGCAUGCCCCGAGAACCUGAGUGGCUUGCCCUUGUCCCCAUCUGCUUGCUUCCUCCUCCCCUGGAACAGACCCCAUACACAUCUUUGCAGGGGUACGGCCCCGCCCCGCCCAAUGGCAGAAGCAGCACCCCCCGCACCCCGUGUCUGUGUUGUGUCUCUCCGCCCAGAACACCAGCUCUGGGAGGAAAGGGACUAGGUAAUCAAGUGUCCACGACAAAGCGAUCCUGGGUCUCCCUAAGGAACUUCAAAGAAGCUGGUGCGGCAGAGGGGAGCGAAGUAUCAGGCAGAGGGUGGAAGGUCAUGGGAAGCGAGUUUAGCGACAAGUCUCGAGCUUUGGUCGUGGUGUAGGGACGGUUAGGCUCUGUCCUAAGCGUGGGAAGAACCCCCUCGUGCUGGGAGCUGGCCCGGGCGCCAGGCUGCAGUGGGGAGGGAUAGCGGUGGGCCGGGGUGUGCGCAGAGGCGGCAGCUGGAGAAAGCAGAGUGGCUGGGGACACAGUCGUCCUAGUGUCCCAGUGUCCCAGCCUUUCUGUGCUGGCCGUGUCUGUCACGAGGGUGGGACUAUGUAGCAGGCUUCUCAGGCGAGGGCCUCCUGAAGCUCGGCAGGCAGCUUUGGGAGGAACUCCGGCCCCUCCAGCGAGCACCUGCUGCGUGAACACAGCUUCAGCCGCCCAGCGCUGGCCCCUGGUUCAGGGUCACAGACCAGAGCCCACCCCCAAAGAUCUACUUGCAAAGCCAGUUGACCUUGAGUCUUUCUAGGCUCACACUUAAUCCACCCCUGACUCCCGUUUGAUGCUCACGGCCCUGUGGGGUGGGGACCACCAGCACCCUCAUUGACAGCCGGCCCUGCAGACUUCCCUCCAGCAGUGUGUCCAAGGCCGGCGCGGGGUCAGGAUCGCCACGGGCCCCGCCCCUCCGAAUCCCCAUUUUCCCCGUGCACCGCCGGCGAGCCCCCGCGCCAUGCCGCCGGCCAGACGCUGCCAGGCAUACUCCGGGGAGCCGCGGGAGGCUGGAGACCCAGCAUCUGACCUCGGAGGUUUGCCGGCCUCCCCCGGGACGUCUGUGGGGCGGAGACCACGACGUGUGCUCCGCCUGCGGCCCGCCCGCUGCGGUGGCAGUCCGGGGGCGACACGUCCUGGGAGCGCCGGACGGAAGCGCUGCUGGGACUGACACGUGGAUUUGGGCGGCGCUGCCCGCGUGGGCCUGCGGGGCGGGAGCCGGCCCCGUACUCACUGCGCCGCGGCCGUCCGUGCCUGAUGCCGCCGCCGGAGCCGGCUCGCAGGGACUCGGCAGAGGACGCCCAGUGGUCCAGGCCCGAGUGCCAGGCAUGGACGGCGACGCUGCUGCUGGGCACGUGCCUGCUGUACUGCACCCGCGUCAGCAUGCCCGUGUGCGCCGUCUCCAUGAGCCAGGACUUCGGCUGGAACAAGAAGGAGGCCGGCAUCGCUCUCAGCAGCUUCUUCUGGGGCUACUGCCUGACCCAGGUUGCGGGCGGCCACCUGGGGGACCGGGUCGGGGGUGAGAAGAUCAUCCUGCUGUCAGCCACGGCCUGGGGCUUCAUCACCGCGGCCACCCCGCUGCUCACGCACCUGGGCGGCGCCCACCUGGUCUUCAUGACCUUCUCACGCAUCCUCACGGGCUUGCUCCAAGGGCUCUACUUCCCCGCGCUGACCAGCCUGCUGUCGCAGAAGGUCCGGGAGAGUGAGCGUGCCUUCACCUACAGCGCCGUGGGCUGCGGUUCCCAGUUCGGGACGCUGAUGACGGGGGCCGUGGGCUCCCUGCUCCUGGACUGGUACGGCUGGCAAAGCGUCUUCUACGUGUCCGGUGGCCUCACCCUGCUGUGGGUGUGUUACGUGUACAGGUACCUGCUGAGUGAACAAGAUCUCAUCCUGGCCGUGGGUGUUUUAGUGCAAGGCCUGCCGGUGGCCAGGGACACCAGGGUCCCCUGGAGACAGCUCUUCCGGAAGCCUUCUGUCUGGGCAGCCAUCUUCUCCCAGUUCUCGGCGGCCUGCUCCUUCUUCAUCCUGCUGUCCUGGCUGCCCACCUUCUUUAAGGAGACGUUCCCCAGUUCCAAGGGCUGGGUGUUCAACGUGGUGCCCUGGCUGGUGGCCAUCCCGGCCAGUCUGUUCAGUGGGUUUCUCUCUGACCAUCUCAUCAGCCAGGGUUACAGAACCAUCACUGUGCGGAAGUUCAUGCAGGUGAUGGGCCUGGGCUUGUCCAGCGUUUUUGCCCUGUGUUUGGGUCACACUUCAAGCUUUUGUAAGUCUGUGUUCUUUGCAUCAGCCUCCAUCGGCCUCCAGACCUUCAACCACAGCGGCGUUUCCGUUAACAUCCAGGACCUGGCCCCGUCCUGCGCGGGUGUUCUCUUUGGUGUGGCCAACACGGCUGGGGCUUUGGCAGGUGUCGUGGGCGUGGGCCUGAGCGGUUACCUGAUCGAGAGCACGGGCUCCUGGACAUCUAUGUUCAAUCUGGUGGCCGCCAUCAGCAGCCUGGGGCUGUGCACCUUCUUGCUGUUCGGAAAGGCCCAGCGGGUGGACCUGAGCCCGAGCCGUGAAGACCUCUAGCUGCCCCGGCCCCGCCUCGCAGGACUGGCACCAUCAGCCUCAGGCGAAGCGCUCGAUGCCCGAGCCUCUUGCUCCUGCCCCGGACGGACAGAGGAGAGGGCGCAGCGGGGCCGGACGGCAGGCGCCUUCCCCGCUCCCGGGGUCGGUGGGAUUCGUGUUUCUGGGGCAGCAGCUUCAUCACGGACACAGCCUGCUCCACGUAGAGUCAGCCAUGUCCCUGCCGUCAGCCACCUGUGGGGCUGCCCCUCCCUGAGGAGCUGACUGCUUCGCCCCAGCCAUGGCCACCAACACUGUCACCUGACAUCACCAAGUGUCCCCAGGGAACUGCCCCGGGCAAGGACCGCGGCUCUAGGUGAAGGCCGUUGGGUGGGUGGGCAGUGGGCUCCAGCCCUUUGGUCAUCUUUGCGGACCCCCUACCUCUGGCACCCCCUCCUGUGGACCCCUGGGCACGAGCGACGUGUUCUAUUUCCUUGGCGUGUGGUGACUGGCUGUGAGGAACAGGUCACCCCCUCCUGCCCGAGACGCGGCCUAGAGCCAGGUGAACCCACCUUCCCCUGUUCAUGAUUGAGGAGCCAGCCGUGUCGUGGAUUCAUAACAGACUUUGCAAGUUGUAUAUUUAGGGAAAAGAAACUACAAAAUUGUGGAAAAUCACACCAAAGCCUUAUUUAAUUGAAGACUGUUAAACUGUGGGAAAGAAGACUCACUUUGUUAACACCCGUUUUCAAGAAUAAAUACUCGUUAGAGAGACUGA